AUGCUCCGCCGUGCUGGUCAGACUCUUUCGCCCGCAGCUGGGCGCCGGGCGUUCUCGCAGUCUGCGUCCCGACAGAAUUAUGACGCGACUAUCCGGAACCUCCUUAUCCACAAGGACACGAAGGUGCUCUGUCAGGGUCUCACUGGAAAGACUGGUACUUUCCAUGUGAAGGAGGCGCUCGAGUACGGGACGCGCAUGGUCGGUGGUGUCUCCCCCAAGAAGGCCGGUCAGACCCACCUCGGACUUCCCAUUUUCGGCACCGUUCGCGAGGCCGUCAGGGAUGUGCAGCCCGAUGCGACCGUUCUCUACGUGCCACCACCCACCGCCGCGGAUGCUAUCAUCGAGGCGAUUGAGAACGAGAUCGGUUUGAUUGUCUGCAUCACGGAGGGCAUUCCCCAGCAAGACGAGAUCAGGGUCAUGAACGCGCUCAAGAGCCAGUCCAAGUCGCGUCUCGUGGGGCCCAACUGCCCCGGAAUCAUCAACCCGGAGGGGUGCAAGAUGGGCAUUCAGCCCGGCGCCAUUCACAAGCCGGGUCGCAUUGGAAUCGUCUCGCGCUCGGGUACGCUCACGUACGAGGCGGUCGCGCAGACCACUGGGGUCGGCCUCGGCCAGUCGCUUGUCGUCGGAAUUGGCGGAGACCCUUUCCCCGGCACGAAGCACCUCGAUGUCGUCAAGUUGUUCCUUGAGGACCCCCGGACGGAAGGUAUCGUUCUCAUUGGCGAGAUCGGUGGCGGGAUGGAGGAGGAGGCGGCGGAGUACCUCGAGAAAUACAACAAAACGCGUAGCAGCCCCAAGCCCGUCGUCGGUUUCAUUGCCGGCCGCACUGCGCCCCCCGGCAGGCGUAUGGGUCACGCCGGUGCCAUCAUCUCUGGUGGCAAGGGUGCGGCCUCGGACAAGGUUGCGGCCCUCGAGAAGGCGGGCGCCUUCGUCACUGACAGCCCUGCCAAGAUCGGUUCGACCAUGCUCAAGGCUAUGCAGGCUGCUGGGCUCGCCUAG